CACGGAGAUAGGUGAGCGGGAGCCGUGGCGAGCAUGCCGCACCAGUUCGGGAGCGGCGCGGGCGGCGUGGCGGGUGGCGGGGUGUCGCCGCCGCCGCAGCACGGCGCGCUGUUCCCGCGCUACGCCAGCGCCGCGGGGCCCGGCGCCGGCGCCUACCGCCCCGAGGAGCGCCGCCUCACGCGUGAGGCCAUGGAGCGCUACCUGCGGGACCGCUCCGACAUGGUCGUCGUCAUCCUGCACGCUAAAGUUGCCCAGAAGUCUUAUGGCAACGAAAAACGUUUCUUCUGUCCGCCCCCCUGUAUUUACUUGUUCGGAGAUGGCUGGCGAUUGCGUCGCGAGCGCAUGCUGAGGGAGGGAGAAACGGAGCAAGCGGCUCAACUAUGCGCCUUCAUUGGCAUUGGCAACUCUGACCAGGAUAUGCAGCAGUUAGACUUAAAUAAUGGCAAGCAAUACUGUGCCGCCAAAACCUUGUACAUAUCAGAUUCUGAUAAAAGGAAACACUUUAUGCUGUCUGUCAAAAUGUUUUAUGGGAAUGGUCAUGAUAUUGGUAUAUUUAAUAGUAAAAGGAUAAAAGUUAUCUCGAAACCUUCUAAGAAAAAGCAGUCAUUGAAGAAUGCAGAUUUGUGUAUCGCCAGUGGGACGAAAGUUGCUUUAUUUAAUAGACUGAGGUCACAGACUGUGUCUACAAGGUAUCUGCAUGUAGAAAAUGGCAAUUUCCAUGCCUCAUCCACCCAGUGGGGAGCGUUCACCAUUCACCUACUAGAUGACAAUGAGAGUGAAUCAGAGGAAUUUGCUGUGAGAGAUGGAUAUGUGCAUUACGGGUCUACUGUGAAACUAGUAUGCUCUGUCACAGGCAUGGCGUUACCAAGGCUCAUAAUAAGAAAGGUUGACAAACAGAUGGCCCUACUGGAGGCAGACGACCCUGUAUCCCAGCUUCACAAAUGUGCGUUUUACAUGAAGGACACGGAACGGAUGUACCUAUGUUUAUCUCAGGAGCGUAUCAUACAGUUCCAAGCUACACCUUGCCCUAAGGAGCCGAACAAAGAGAUGAUCAACGACGGAGCUUGUUGGACUAUCAUAUCCACUGAUAAAGCGGAGUACCAGUUCUAUGAGGGCAUGGGACCGGUCAGAUCGCCAGUGACACCAGUUCCACUAGUCCACUCGUUGAACCUAAACGGCGGAGGGGACGUGGCAAUGUUGGAGCUGGCUGGAGACAACUUCACGCCCUCGCUCCAAGUGUGGUUCGGAGACGUGGAAGCGGAGACCAUGUACCGCUGCGCCGAGUCGAUGCUGUGUGUCGUGCCAGAUAUAUCUCAGUUUAGAGGGCAGUGGCUAUGGGUGCGGCAACCUACUCAGGUGCCGGUGUCUCUAGUGAGAAACGAUGGCAUUAUAUACGCUACGGGGCUGACGUUCACAUACACGCCGGAGCCGGGCCCGCGGCCCGUGUGCCCGCCCGUGGAUGACGUCAUGCGACCCGAGCCCGCAGCCGGCUGGCACCACGACGCACACACGCACCGCCUGCCAGACAACACCCUGCAAUAGCCCAUGGACUGCAGGCUAGAAGACAGCCUGCAGUAACCAACCAACCUCCAAAGAACCAUCUAGAACAACAAAGAAGUAAACGCUUAAAGUGACAAAUGCCAACGUGACUAGUGAUUUGGUGAGUGAUUCAAAGACAUUUUGUAAUUAGCUCGAUAGUGCCUAAUGUCUAUUGACUGUAGUGAUGUAGUUGACGGAUCCGGUCGGUAAUUGUGUGCGGAUAGUAGUGUAGACUGCUAUUUUUUACAUGUGAAACAAAUGUUUAAGUGCUAGGGGUCAUACUAAAAGGGAUAAAAGCUUUAUUAUGGUAAAGUGGAAGCCGUAUAAGUCAAUUGAUUUACUUGUAAAGGCUAGAUUCGCAAGGCGAUACAGGACUACGACAGUUGUGUGCCUAAAUACGAAAGUAAUAUUAGAUUAUGUUUGUAUGUUCGAGAUUAUGACACCAAAAUACUAUAAACAUAAAGUAAAGUAAGAAUUAAUAGCAAUAAU